CCCAGACCUUAAACAACAGAAGUGGGGUGAGGCUUUUUGAGGUUAUGUAAGAGAAAAUCACCCACAUCAAAACAAUACUCUAUACAAGACUGAGGAAGAUGAAGGAUUAGUAUAUCAAUAUCAAAUUAAUGCAUGGCUACAAAUCACGAACAAUAUGUAUAAUGCCAUUAUAAGAUUAUAUUAGAAGAAAUAUCCACUUUGACCUUAGUAUAAUCUGUGGGUAACAUUAUCAGUACCCAGUACCCAUCCUGUAGCUAUCAAGGGAGAAUGAUCGUACAUACAAUGUUAACAAUGAAACAGUGCAUACUCUGAACGUCAAGUAGCCCAGGGUCUCUUCGAUAAAUUGGCUCUAGCUAUGCCCAUGGGUGCAAGAGGUGCAAACAAGGUGCAACUGUGGAAUAAGAGUGCAAGCAGUUGGCUGAACCAGAGCUAUAAUUUUAUAUGAAAAUCUUGUACAUUAUUCAUAACUCUAAGUACAACAAAGUGUGUUCGUCAAGACGAAGAUACAUGUCACUCUCUGACCAAUAUUAUUCAUAGAUGUGUGAGUGCCUUUCCAACGUAGCUUAACAUUUUCGAUUGAGAACCCCUCUGUUUAUCAGCCAUGGGAUUGAGAAAUUUGUUAUGAUAUUUUCAAAUCACGACAUCUUGUCUUUUGUUUAUGACGCAUCUGUUUAUUAGGUACUCUCAUAAUACAAAUAUUAUUUAAUGUAUCUGAAUCAGGUAUGUAACAUGAAACUUAAAGACUCGUGUAUUUACACAUGAUCUACAUUUUUAAGUAGCAGUGUGGCACUCUGAUUCGUGAUUAAAAGUGAAGACAAUAUAACAAGCCUUGUUCUUUCUACAUUGCAAACGUGCACCUAUAUGCUUAUGGACAUUGGGUACAUUUUGAUUGGAUGAUUAUGAUGGAAAGAGGACGUGAAUGUCUCUCAGGCCAAUAACACGUUCUGAUCUAGCUGACACAAUGAUAUUACCUUGGCUUUUCCCAUUGUAAUAUCCAGAACUACAUUAUCUAGCAAAAGAUUUAGCACUGUUUACUGUUUCAGUUCUUUUAUUGGUCUUUAAAUUAUAUUACAAUGGUUCUUCCCAGAGCAAAUCAUGAUAGUCAUUACUAGUAGUUCUACUGUGAUCAGAAUCAGCUACAGGAUAUAUGCACAUAAUACUUGAGGUAGGAUGAUUUGCAUUCACAUCCCAGCCUACAUACUUCUGUACUUGUCAUACCUCAUCCACUGCAACAUUUCUGUUUGAUAAAUGUCUCAACAAAGCCUGAAUGCUGACCUUCCUCUCUGAGAGCUACACUGGCAUGGUACUCACUAAAUGGCUCUAUACAUGUUGGAAACUGUGCACGAACUUUCUUCUUCAACAGAUCUGCUGGGACAUGAGACUACACUUCAUGUUAGCCGAAAAGUGAACUGACAUAAUAUUAGGGACUUGAGAACCCACACAGAAUUAACAUUUUUGCACCAAUUUUGUAAAUAAGUCUGUUGCCCUCUUGUUUUCUUAUGAAAAUUGGCGAAAUGAAUUAUCUUUAAAUGCGUUUGGCUUUUUUGAAUGGCUUAGGUAUUUGUAUUUGUUAGACAAUUCGUACUUACAAAGAACUGUUUAACUCAUCAAAAUAAAACUGUAUAUUAAUGUUUUUUUUCCUACGAAUUAUUAAAUUUUCUCCUAUGCAUACAGAUAUGGAUCACUGUCUCCAUAAGAAUCCUGAAAUACUUUUUGCUUCUAACAAAGCAACAGUAGAGGCUCCUGAAUAGAACCCAGAGAAACAUACAAUCCAUGGACCCAAGUAAAAUGUUUGAUGAGGAUUGUUGUAAGAAUGAAUACUAUCUUACUUUUAAAGGAUCAAUUAAAAUGUCUUUAUUUUGAAUUAAAUUUAUUUACAAUAAAACGUUAACAGAAUCUCUGGGUUUUUUUUUAGAAACUGUUACAUUUGUGUCAUUUGCAUAAAGAUAGAUAGGACUAGGGUAGAUCUCUGAGAAAACAAUGUUCCACCUUUUGUAGAUCCAGUUAAAUAUUCACAAACAUAAAGGUACUAUAAAUACAAAAUACACAUUAGAAGGAUAGAUACUGAACCCAAACAUUGUGAAAACCUUAAAUAAUCCCAAAACAUUGCUAACACUAAACACUGAUCGUCUUUGCAGAAACGAAACCAUAUGGUUGUUACUCACAACAUGAUGUGUAGAGUUUACGGAUGACUACAGUGGAUAAGAUGUUUCGCUCCUCCAACAAAUCGGCCAGCCAACAAACUGGGAACGAGCAGAUCCACAGACUCAGGGCCGUAUCGCUGGCCGAUAUGGGGCGGCUAUCUCCAGCUGCUGGUGGAGAACUAUAGGUUCCCGUACAAGGCUAUGCACUGGAUGGCUAGACGCUACGACACCGAACUCCUGGGGAUGUAUCUGGGACCCUACCCCACCGUAGUCGCUUGCAGCCACGCCAGCGUUCGGGAUAUGCUUAAACACCCGGCGUUCCAAGGCAGAGUCGACUCUUAUGUGGCUGAGAGUCGCGAUCCGGACUGGGUCAUCAGAGGGCAGUUCUUCAUUGACGGGCACCGCUGGACUGAACAGAGGAGAUUUAUGCUGAGGAACCUGAGGGACUUCGGUUUCGGUACUAGAAAUAAACAUUUUGAGAAGAUGAUUGAAGAAGAAUUGAGAGACUUCAUUGACCUGGUCCAGUCAAAACAUGUGGAGGGAGUAUGCCACGACGGAAAGGUCGUAGUGCCGACAGUGUUCUAUUCUUUCUUCCUCAACUUCAUCCUACAACUCCUAUUUGGUACACGGCUACCGCCCUCUCUCCACCACAAGCUGAGGGAGUUGGCUUACGCGGCCUACCGCUUCCAGUUGUCCGUAGAUCCUACUACUGGAGCAAUCAAUAUGACUCCAUGGCUCCGCCACUUGGCUUCACAAUGGUUCGGCUUCGAUGACUGUAAGAAGAGCAACGCCUUCAUGAAAAGCUUCAUCAAGGAGAGGGUGCAAGAACACAAAGACACGUUUUUAACUGAUGCCCUUCGUGACUUUUGUGACGUCUAUCUCAAAGAAAUGGAGAACAAAAAUAUGUCCGACGCUCAACAUUGGUUCUCAGAAGAGCAGAUGGUGAUGACGUUUUGGGAUCUUCUGUUUCCUACAUCCAUGGCGACGACGGCCACCUUGGGAUUUGCGAUUGAGUUCCUCCUGCUGUAUCCACAGGUGCAGGUUCGAGUCCACCAAGAGAUAGACAGUGUGGUCGGACGCUCCAGGUUACCUACUCUUGAUGACAGAAAGAAUUUGCCAUACACCGAAGCAGUCCUUAGAGAGGUCAUGAGGAGAGAGACUUUGGCUGCCCUAGCAAUACCUCACCGUUGCACGGAGGAUACCUACUUCAACGGCUACUUCAUCCCUAAGGAUACAAUGCUGUUGCCUAACCUUUGGAGCUCCAAUAUGGACGAAACCGUCUGGGAAGAUCCUUUUCAAUUCAAGCCCGAAAGACAUUUAGAAGAAGAUGGAAGUUUAAAGAAAAAGGACUUGUCUAUACAGUUUGGAUUAGGAAAGCACUUGUGUUCCGGGGAGACAUUUGCAAGACAGAACAUGUUCCUUGUGUUUGCCGCCAUGAUGCAGAACUUCUCUCUUGAACUACCCCGGGCCAACCUCUACCAAACGUGGAGAUGCAUGUUCCAGGCAUCAACGUCUCACCUCAAUUCUUCUCGGUUAAAAUGGUUCCGAGAUAACCAGUCUGCAACAAAUUCUGGACACCUUCAUUGGAAUGUUUUCACCUUUUCCAUGUCGGUAAAAUAAGUUUAGUUCGUAUCUAGUAUAGGAAGAACCUACGGUUUGGUUUGCCAAUUUGGACGGUUUAUUUAAGCUUAAUUACUUCGUUAUAAUACGAAUAUUAAUUAAUUUAAUUUGAACUUUAUUGUUAUAAAAAAAUGUAUUACUACAUUAAUUUUAUGACUAAAAUCCGUAGUGGAUUAGGAAGUUACCAUUAUUUUUAUUCUGUCAGUGGAGCCAUUUGAAAACAAUAUUCAAGUACUUCAAAACUAACCGCUACAAAUUGAUAUCUUUUUUACUUAAAACUAAUACACACAUUAUCUGUGUAUUAUAUUGUUUGUGUUUUUGUCUGUGUUUGUUAUGUGUACAUUUCAUCUAAAAAGCAAAUUUCAAAUAUUGAACAGCGACAUUGUUUCAAAUUGAAAUGACCAAAAAAGCUAGUUAAUUGACUGAAAAUUGUACUUGACAUUAAUGUGUCACACAAAGUAUCCUGAAAGGGUUUGCAGUAUUUAUGAAUUAAUAAUUGAUUAAAAGAUUCUUCUUGUUGUUUUGUAUCCUUAGAAUAAAAGGAUAAGGUUAAGAUUAAGUAUUGGGAUUUAGAUAGAGUAUAGUCCUAUUGUUAAUUCCUAAUGUAGUUCGAAAUAAAAGUUGUUUUUAUAGAAUAAA